CCCAACUUGUCUUCGCAUGAAAACACACAAAGGCCCCACCGCGGAGGAGAAGAAGCGUGUUCUCGACGCCUUCCUCCGCGGCGACAACUGGAAGCUCGUCGCCCAGCACAACGACAUGUCCCUCGCCACAGCGAGGCGAGUUGUGAACACCGGUCGAACGACUAUAUGCUGCCACGAGGUGGCUUUCGACCCGCCAAGUCCAAGGUCACCCCCGAGAUCCGUUCCGCUCUCGAGCAGUAUCUAGACAAGAACUGUCAAUACACUCUUCGUGAAAUGCAAACCUUUGUUGCUGCCGACUUCGCCGACACUGAGCUCUCGGUCCAAACCAUCAGCCGCCACAUUUUGGGCAUGCUGUACACCGUCAAGCAAGUGCGCAUCGAACCGGCGACCUGCAACAACGACAUCAACAAGCAGAAGCGACGUGAGUUUGCGCUCAAGCUCAAGCAACACCAAGACAACGGGGACUACAUUGUCUAUUGCGACGAGACGAAUUACAACGUGUACUGCAAGCGGAGCUUCGGGCGAUCCAAAAAAGGCACGAGAGCCACCGUC